AAACCAUCUCUCUAUGCUUAUCCAGCACCGUUGGAAGAAAAGAAAUCAGAGGAGCGUGAGAAAGUGGCCACCGCUGUUCUCUCAAUAGCUGCACGCCAAAAGAGACGCGAAAUCGCUGAUAAGAAGGAAGAAGAUAACAAGAUGGAUGUAGAUGAGGACAGCAAAGACUCAAAGAAAGACGAUAAAAAAAUGGAUGUAGACGAGAAAGUAGAGAAAAAAGAAGAUAAGAAAAAGAAAGAGGAGAAAGAAAAGAAAAAAGACGAUGAUAAAGAGAAGGAGAAAGAUAAGGAAGCCGGCGAAAAGAAGAAAGAUGAAAAAGAAAAGGACAAGGAAAAAGAGAAAGAGAAAGAAAAGGAAAAGAAGGACAAGAAAGAACCUGAACCGAAUUUUGAGAUCUUGCAAAAUCCCGCUCGUGUUGUCCGUCAACAACUCAAGGUCAUUAGCGUGGCUGAAGCACAGGCUUUCAUACCGCUGAAGGAUGUUACCAUAGGUGGUAUUAUUGUAUUGCAACACACAGGCAAAUCUGCUGAACAGGAGCUAGUUGAACCUGUAGCUGCUUAUGGACCCAAAAACGAUGAAGCUAAGGAACCCGAGCCUCCAGAGCCAUUCGAGUACAUAGAAGACUAAAUGGGAAUGCUUUUUAUCAUUUUGUAAUUUUAUUGUAGUCUUUGGAAACUAAACAUAUUUUUCGUGUUUCACAUUUAUCAAUAAUAAAAAUCAUAUAAACACCAA